GGGAAAGCGAACACACAAUAUUCAUUUCCUAAAUACGGGACGUGCUUUGCCAGCGUCUCUUUUUCCAACAUGUCAUAUCCUGGCCGAAGGCAGCAGGGGUCAGGGCAGGAAACAGCAGCUUCUCAAAAUGAGACAAGGCUUUCCCAGAGCCGUCAUUGGCUCCUGGGAGCUAUAAAGUAUGCUCGUCCAGAAACAGUCUCCCACUUUUCUUCCUGGAGGCCAGAGUGAAGGGGCAUGGAGAAGCGGGCGGCCUGGGAGCCGCAGGGCGCCGAUGCGCUGCGGCGCUUCCAAGGAUUGCUGCUGGACCGCCGCGGCCGGCUGCACAGCCAAGUGCUGCGCUUGCGCGAAGUGGCCCGGAGGCUGGAGCGGCUACGCAGGCGCUCCCUGGCGGCCAACGUGGCGGGCAGCUCUCUGAGCGCCGCUGGCGCCCUGGCAGCCAUCGUGGGGUUGUCACUCAGCCCGGUCACCCUGGGAGCCUCGCUCGUGGCGUCGGCCGUGGGCUUAGGGGUGGCCACCGCCGGAGGGGCAGUCACCAUCACGUCCGACCUCUCUCUGAUCUUCUGCAAUUCCCGGGAGGUGCGGAGGGUACAGGAGAUCGCCGCCACCUGCCAGGACCAGAUGCGCGAGCUCCUGAGCUGCCUGGAGUUCUUCUGUCAGUGGCAGGGACGCGGGGAUCACCAGCUGCUGCAGAGCGGGAGGGACGCCUCCAUGGCUCUUUACAACUCUGUCUACUUCAUUGUCUUCUUCGGCUCACGUGGCUUCCUCAUCCCCAGACGUGCCGAGGGGGCCACCAAAGUCAGCCAGGCCGUCCUGAAGGCCAAGAUUCAGAAACUGUCUGAGAGCCUGGAGUCGUGCACUGGCGCCCUGGAUGAACUCAGUGAGCAGCUGGAGUCCCGGGUCCAGCUCUGCACCAAGGCCGGCCGUGGCCACAACCUCAGGAUCUCCGCUGAUCUGGACGCAGCGUUGUUUUUCUAAGAGCAUCCUCUACCUAUAUGGAAUGUUCUAGAGUCGCAGCAUCCACAGGGAAGUGCUACAGGGGUGGAGUGCAAAGGAUGAUAGGAACUCUUCUUGCAGGGCAUCCGUCAGUCCUUAGCUCCUUGUGUGUAUGAAGGACUUUUCACUUGUGUAAUCCCAACUGAGUAUGUGAUCCUUUUUGUCUUUGUAGGGAUUGUAGACCCAGCCUGGGCCGCGGAGCUGACUUGCUCUGCUCUUCCCACCCCAGACAGUUUAUCCACUCACAGACCAGGUCUGACUAUUGCAUAGACUUUCCCAGCAUGGCUUCAACUUCACACCUCUAGGUACCCUGAGAGGGAAAGCCACCCGAAGAGUCACUUUAAUCCCAACAUACUCACCCCCCUUCACUUCCGUAAAGAAGCUGGGGGAGGGGCGAGAUGCAGUCCCUGACAAUUUUAAAUGACUGACCUGGUAGCACAGAGGAGAGAGCAAUGGCCUUUGAGUUAAACAGUCUUGGACUGAUCACAUGCUCUGUCCCCCACCGUCGUGUGACUUAGCCACCUUCUCUUGCUGAGACUUGGCUUGUUCAGUGACACAGAUGGUGGUAGGAACCCACCCUGUUAUGAAGCCCUGAGACAAGAAAGGACCUUCAGAGUCACUCUCAGAAAGUCCAGGAAAGACUGGCCCAGAAGCCCAAGAAAGACUAUGCUGUGUGCUUGUAAAGCCAGUUACUCUGUCCCCUAUAAACUAGAAGACAGAACAGCACAGACCCUUUAGAGGGCAGUGUUGCUCUAGAGACUGGUACAGAAGUAAUGUGAAGUUACCAGCAAAAACAAACAAAAUCAAAAACAAAAACAAAAAACCAAACCAAAACAAAAAAACAAACCCCUUUAUCCUCUGAAAACUCCAGACACCAUAUCUUUAUUUAAAAUUAGUUAUUUAAUUUCUGUGUAUUAUUUACAUUUGAUUUUAUUUAACCAUCGCAUUUAGAAAAUAAUAAGAAUAGUAAGGGUCUGAAUAGGAAGGGAGUCCCUUAAGGCUCUUUCCAGGAGGUCAAGUUUGGAUUUCUAGAGUCUUUUUCCCUCAGAGAGGACUCUCUAGUGUUUGGCACGAUCCCUGUAAGUAAGAUGGGGGAGUCCUGAGGAGAGAGAGACUAAGCUGGUUUUUAAACUGGUAAAUGGAGUCUUGAAUUGUGGAAUAUAUGAAUGAUUAAGCCUAUGUGUCCUGAAGGUACUUUGCCAGAAAGCGCUUGACUUGAAAAAGAAAACCUAUUUAAUUCAGGGGUGGAGGAAUAGAGACUCAUGAAGGAAGCAUUUAGACCUUGGAAACCUGAUGUCCUAUGAAAUUCUGUUUUUAUAAAAUUGUGUUCUGGUAGAGAUCUGUCACAUUUUGACUUUGGGGCUGUAAGAAACCUGCUAUCUAUGCUUAAGAAAGUUCUUCUAACUUAUUCAAUGUCUCCCUAAAUUACCCUUUAGAAAGAGUUGCAAAGUCUUUGGGACCAUACCCAGGAAACCUUGGCUGUAUAUUUAAAUUAUUUAAUGCUGUACAUUUGCGCAGUCCCUAUGAUUCCCAGUGACGGCCACGUGUCUGAGGAAAUGUAUUGGCAUGAAGGGAAGAGGUGCUGUUUCUAUAUUUAUUUUUGUUUCCUAUAAGCUGUAAUUGGGAUAUAUCCUGAUUUAAUUUGACAUUGAUGUGGCUUUUUUUUU